AUGCUUACUAAAACCAAUCUAUCAAACACCAUUUCCAAUGCUGAAUUAGGGCUGGACAACUACAUUGUCUUCAGAAAAGACCCAUCCAGAAAGAAAUCAAUGGGAGGCACCUUGAUUGCUAUUCACAAGUCACUGCCUUGCUAUGUUGUUCCUACAAAUCCAAAGCUGGAACAAAUAUUUGUAUGUGUUGGACAAAGAAGAGCAGAAUACAUAAUUGAAUGCUUAUACAUUCCUCCAAACUCCCCAAAUACCACCUACCUGAUGGUAAGUGAAUCCAUUGAUUUUAUUCGAAACAAAUAUCCUAGUGCUGAGCUUUACAUUGCUGGUGAUUUCAAUCUACCACGAAUUGAAUGGAACCUUAUCGAAGAUUGCUCCAUUGCUCUGCCUCGGACUGAUCUCUACUUGUGA